CACUUGAAGACAUCAGCGACAAACGUCAAGAUGCCUUCCCACAAAUCGUUCCGCACCAAGCAGAAGCUUGCCAAAGCGCAGAAGCAGAACCGACCCAUCCCUCAGUGGAUCCGCCUGAGGACUGGCAACACCAUCCGAUACAACGCGAAGAGGAGACAUUGGCGCAAGACUCGCAUCGGUAUCUAAACGACUCGCCCCGACAACACUCAUCAGCGGACGAUACACGGCACGACGACACAAUGCAAUCACUCGAUACGAUUUGGGGGAAUGCGGAUUGAUGUGCCGGGCAUGGCUGGCUACCGAUGGGCACGAACAGCUUUUCGCAGAAUGGUCUUCCCACACGGCGUUGAAAUGGCAUGGGCUAUGGAACGCUACACGAUUGUUCCGCUGAGGAGAUAAGGGCAAGCAAUGAGAAAUCUUUGAAACGCCA